GGCAGCCUAUCAGUAUGAAGUUAAUAUCUUAGUAGGCGGUGUGACUUGUGAAUUCCAUGUUUGUUAAUUUUCUGUUUUUCAUAUGUGGCGGUCAAUGACAUCUUAUGAUGAUGAUUUUUGAAGAGCGGAUCUGGGUAUUGUUCAAGCACAAAUGGCAGCACACGUUGACAUACUGGAGUGUGUUCUUUAGUUUCGGGUUGUGCAUCGCAUUUCUGGGACCAACUAUCCUGGACCUGAGGUGUCAAACGCAUUCCACUCUUCAGCAGAUCACCUGGGUCUUCUUCUCCCAGCAGUUCUUACUCCUAAUUGGCAGCUGCCUUGGAGGACUUCUCAAGAGAACGCAGCUCUACUCCCUCACGUCUCUCUUUCUCUCCACUCUCCUCAUUUCCUUGGUGUUCGCAUUCAUUCCCCUCUGUAACAAUGUGGCCAUGCUGGCCGUCGCCAUGGCAAUCGCUGGCACGGCAAUGGGGGUGAUUGACACCAUCGCAAACCUCCAGCUGGUGAAACUUUAUCAGAAGGAUUCGGCUGUAUUCCUACAGGUCUUGCAUUUCUUCAUUGGACUGGGAGCAUUGGUCAGCCCCCUGGUUGCGGAUCCCUUCCUGGCAGAUGAUAAUUGUGUCAAGAAUGGGACAGAAACCUCCUCCAACCUCCAUCACCUCCGUAACUCACUGGCCGGGAAGGGGACCGUUCUGCACAAUGUGUCCCACUACAACCUGCACACACAGGGCAUGGUCACCACCAACAUCUCCUACGCUUUCUGGAUAAUGGCUCUUAUAAAUCUAACCGUUCCUGUAGCCGUGUGUGUGUUGAUGUACCGUGAGCGGAUGUUCCCCUGCUUGAGCUACAGCCCUCGUCUGCUGGAGCCAGACCCCCGGGCCAGUAGGACCCACCCAGAGACGAGCCCUGCAGACACGGAUCAGGACCACAGGGACAUGUUUAACUGCUGUAACCGUAGCAACCUGCAGGAUCGUCCUCCUUCUUUCUUCAUCCUCCAUGGUUUGGGCGGAGCUGUCCUUUUCAUCACAGACGGCAUCAUUGGUUCCUUUGCAGGAUUUGUCUACACAUAUGCAGUGUCCUCUCCCCUGUCUCUGCACCAUAAGACAGCAGGCUGUCUCCCCAGCGUGUUCUGGGCCUCCAUCACUGCUGGCAGACUGGCGUCGAUAUACCUGUCCUACAGAUACACUGCUGUGAAGCUGCUGUCUGUCAGUCUGGGUGGGGUGGUCAUUGUGCAGUCUAUGCUGCUGAUGCUUCACUCCAGCACUGUGUUCCUCUUCCUGGGGACAUGUUUGCUGGGCCUGUGUAUCAGCAGUGUGUUCCCGUGUAUGCUCGCGCUCACAGAAGACAUACUGGACUAUAAAGGUUGUGCCACCACAGUCCUGGUGACCAGUGCUAGCACAGGAGAGAUGGUGCUGCAGGUGCUAGUGGGAUUGGUGAUCAACAGCCAAGGCAGCUACAGUUUCCCACUGUCUGGUAUGAUCGCAGCCUUCAUUGGAUUUUCUUUCUUCCUCCUCUUCCUCUACUGCCGACAUGUGUACAGGAACUACCACACAGAUCCCUCUAAAACAUCCCCAUGACAGAAGAUCAGAAAUGGACACGUGAGGCAGUGACACAGGGGUGAAGUUGAAGACAGAGACCACAAACAGUUCAGCUAACAGUCACAAGGCAUAAGCCCGUAGCCAUGGGGAUCCAGUUCCCCUGUGUGGGACCCACUAUGCUCGGGUCCAAGAGGGAGAAGUAUUGGUGGGGACUAGGACACUGCUGGAGAGUCUGGUGGACAGUCCCAUCCUGUAGUACAGGCCUUUGAUCAAAAAUAGCCUCACCUGGGUCUGUCUGCACACUCAUUAUUGGAGUGUAGGGGAACCAGGUGUAAAAAAAAAACACAAUAUGAACUUAUUAACAAAGUGUAGUAAAUGUUGACCGUGUGUAGCUGUAACUGUCUAC